UGAGUGCCAAUUAAAUCAUGGUAGUCUGUCGCGUAAAUGUCAGGGCAGCUCUGAUUAGGCCCGAUUGGCCAAAUUUGCUUGAAUUGGGUCGAUGAUGUUAACCUGAAUUGAGGCUUCUAGUUCUAGAGGUAUUGCAGCGAUAAUAGGCAGGAAAUUGCACAAUCAGAGGUUUAUUAUGGCAUUAUAGAUAAGCUCCUAAUCCGAAGCGCUGGUGGCCUAGCGGUAAGAGCGUACGAACUUUCAAUCCGGUGGUGGCAGGUUCAAACCCCGGGUCGUGCCAAUGAGUUUUUCGAAAUUUAUGUACGAAAUAUCAUUUGAUAUUUACCAGUCGCUUUUCGGUGAAGGAAAACAUCGUGAGGAAACCGGAUUAAUCCCAAUAAGGCCUUGUUUACCCUCUGGGUUGAAAGGUCAGGUGGCAGUCGCUUUCGUAAAAACUAGUGCCUAUGCCAAUUCUGGGGAUUAGUUGUCAAGCGGACCCCAGGCUUCCAUGAGAUGCGGAACAACGCGAGGACGAUGAAGAAUAUUAGCAUGUAAUCUAAAAUUGAAUGUUACGCUUAUUUAAAUUAUUGCAUAGAGUCAUACCAAGAUAACUUGGCAGUCAUUUUAAUAGCCCGCCCUGUGCAAGUGUUAAGUAAACGUCAUAAUUAGAAGUUUGACCUUUAAAAUAACGUUUAUACUGCCUGGCCUGUCAAAAUCGCUGCCAACUUAUCUUGGUCAGAUCUAUCUUGUAGUUACCCAUUACUAUUUAUGCAAAAACAAAGAAUUUUAUUAAGAUUGGAAUGUGAUUUUACCAAAAGCUCUCACAAAAGUGUAGUUACUUAUACUUGAACUCAUCUUAAAGGUAGUCAUCUUAGCAUCCAUUUCAUAAAAUAAAUGUUAAAAGGAUCAUAUUUGAGAAUAAAUUAAAAUUUUAAAAGUGUAUAAAUAUGUUUCUAAUGACUAAGUAUUUUUUGUUUCCAGUUGCUGCCACUUUUGACGGAUUAUUUCCUUUGAUCAUCGAAUGCUAGUAAUUUGUUAGAACAGAUUUUAUUUUUUAUCAUUUCUUUGACGCGAACGAAAAUAAAGGUUAGUUACAAAAAUUACCAUAGCUAUUAAGUCACCAUGCCUAUUACGUAAUAAUUCUUAAUAUUACACACCUCAAAAUAUAACAACAUCAGAUACAGAAAGGCGAGACGGCAUACGGGUACAGCCCAAACAUCUCUAAAUAUCGAUUAAUUAACGAUCUCUACUAGAGAACCUUUCGUAGGUAUAGUUAGAAAAUUGACGAAUUUUUCCUCAUUUACCUUUUUCAUAAUUUUACAUCAACGGUUAAAACCACUGUUAGAAAUAAACACAUUGCGCACAAAACAAGGACCUAGCGAUUUUAUCACACGUCAAGGCAAAUUAUCUCCGAAGCCGGGCCGUUGAGUGCUCGUAAAAGAGCCACUACAUUUAUAUUAGGGCCAUAUCAGUGAUCUCGGUCAUGCAAAACGACCUUCAAGAGCCAAGACAUCAUAGGGAUAAAAACCCUCGACUUGAAGCUUAAUUCAGAUGUUAUCUGGAUGUAAUUCGUGUAGAGCGUAGGUCGAAUGUGCUGACGUUGUAGGUGUAUUGAACUGUUUGGUAUCCAAUGAAACCCGUACCGUUAUACGUAUACAAUACAUUAAUAUAUGUGCAAUAAAGUCGUGUAUACAUAUUUUUGGCACUUUUUUCGUAUCGAUAUUUUCAGACGUGACCGUACCAUCGGAUAGUUGAAACAAUCUGCCCUACUUUAUGACCCUCAUGGGAAUAUCCUUAUUUGCUCUCAGUAGGUAUAUUAUUUUCAACCAAAAUUUUGUGCACCUGGCCAGAGAAACCAAUUUGUGCUUGCGUAGUUAGGAACGGCCGUUUUAUGACCUAAGGCGAGUUUUAUGAAAGCCUGCGAUUGUACAAGGAAGCUUCUUUUACAAUAACUCCUUUAGAGAAAGACUUCAUGUACCUACUAAAAGUUACGAGCUUUCAUAAAUUUGCGACAUAUCCUCCUACAUAUAAAAUUUUAAAAUAUUCUGGUACAUACUAAAAAGAUUCUCGGAGCUAAACUGCAGAUGGAUGGACAUGCCGAAAUCCUUAUCGACUACGGAUGCGUAAAGAGAGCCCUCGGGUCUAGCGAUGGGCAAUUUCUGAAACAUUUUCCAUAUUUCCUUAACGGUGACAUAUUUCAACUGUUGUAAAUUACAUAAUUGACAGAAAAUGUUUCUGAUAGAAAGUUAUCGAAUAAAUUUUACUUAAAUUUCAUGUAACCUUUCCGCUAUUCCUGACGUCAGUAGAACGGAUGUGAUCGGAAAAUUCGAUAUUAUGUGACAGUUCGGUCAACGCAUCCGCGGUGUACGCAUCGAUCACUCACUGCGCGCGUGCUAAUUACGAUCAGAGCAAAAUAUUUAGUCUUUUUUUUUGAGUUAAAAUGGUGAAGUGUUGCAGUACCAAAUGUGGCAAAAACGUCACAAAGAAAUGUCCAGGAUUGCAGUGUGGAAAGUGUGGAAAGUGGAUGCAUGCUUCAUGUAUCCCUAUAACGACCGAACAACUAAAUGCACUUUGCGGCACGGAGGCGGUAGAAUGGAAAUGCAAAACAUGCAAUCCGCAGUACAAAAACAAGCGCAUAUCUGCAAUUCUUCCCGAUCCAGAGGACGACGACAACACGGACACUGAGCAAGUCAUCCUUAUGAAAGACAGUUGUAGUGAGGACUUUUUGAGACAGCUGCGUAGCGACAUUCGUGACGCCAUAAAAGACGAAAUUCAGCGUACCCUCAAAUACUACUCGGAUAAAAUAGACGAUUACCAAAAAAAACUCGAUGACUACGAAGUGAAAGUGAAAUCUAUGGAAAACCAAAAUAAAGACCUGCAAAAUAAAUACACCAAUAUACAACUAAAAUGCAAUUCUAUGGAACAAAAAUUAAACCAAAUUGAACAAACACAGUUAGAAAGUAAAAUAGAAAUAUGCGGAGUGGAGAAGAAGGAAAACGAAAACACUACAGAGAUCGCAAAAAAAAUCGCACAAGUACUCCAAGUAAAUUGUGAUGACGUCACGGGCGCUUACAGAAAGGAACGCCGAGCACCGGCGGCGCUACAACGAGGCCCCGCAUCCAUCAUCGUGACCUUGAAGGCCGGCCAGCGCGACUGCUGGCUUACAACGGCGAGGACCAGAACCAUCACGGGGCACGACCUUGGCCAUCCAGAGGAAUCCAGGAUCUUCCUACGCGAGGCACUCACACCGGCAACGGCAUUUCUUUUGUGGAAAGCUAAAAGCGAGCUCAAAAAAGACGAUAAAUACAAAUAUGUGUGGUGUAAAGGAGGCAAUGUACUUGUAAGAAAGCACGAUCAGGCCCGGAUCCAAACAAUAAGAUCCGAACAUGACGUGGAGAAAUUACUUAAGGUGAAUGGCUGAAACGCUGGUAUGUUUUUAUUUAUUUUUAUUUUUUCUUUCAUUAGUAGAUACACAUAAAUAUCGGCAUAAAUAAAUAUCAACACUCUUAUUUGAUGUCAGAUGAAAAUAGUAUCCUCGAAAGUAGCUUCAAAACCUGGAAUGAGUACAUUGACUCACUUACACCAGCACGUAA